AGAGUUCGAAAAUUAUUUCCGGUGUUAAAAAGCUUCGAAGAAAUAAGACAUAGGAAUCUAUAAUGACCCGUCACUCCAGAAAUUGCACUGCCGGAACAGUAUACUCCUACCAUGAACGUCAAAAAGACACAAAUCAAUCUGGAUAUGGAUCAAAAAAGUCUCGGCUUGGAAAAGACUCAAUAAAGGAUUUUGACUGCUGUAACCUGACUUUACAACCCUGUAGAAACCCAGUUGUAACUCAAGAUGGAUACUUGUUUGACAAAGAGGCAAUUCUUGAAUACAUUAUUAAGCAGAAGAAAGAACUAGCCCGUAAACAGAAAGAAUACGAAAAGCAGAAAAACAGAGAAAAGGAAGAACUUGCAGAAUUAGCAAAAGCUGAGAAUGAAUCAAAGAAACAAGAAUUUAUGAAGGCUAAUUCCCAAGCCCCUAUCACCAAACAGACAGCUGACAGACCAUCAACAUCCAGUGUCAGUAACAUGCAGGAAGGCAAAAACAAAGACUUACCAAGUUUCUGGGUCCCCUCUAUGACACCAGCAGCUAAUGCUACAAAAAUGGAUAAACCAGAUGAAAAAGUCAGAUGCCCCAUGAGUGGGAAGCCAAUCAAACUCAAAGACCUCUUUCCUGUCCAUUUUACACCAAUAAAGGAUAGGGAUGAGAAGACUUCAUUAAUAGCCAAACAGGCAAGAUAUGUCUGUGCUGUAACAAAUGAUGUAUUGGGAAACUCAGUACCUUGUGCAGUGUUGAAGACAUCAGGGAGUGUGGUUACCCUGGAUUGUGUGGAAAAACUUUUGAAGAAAGACAUGCUUGAUCCAAUAAACAGCAAACCUAUGAAGGAAUCUGACAUCAUCCCACUGAAGGGAGCAUCUGGUUUUUCUGGAUCAGGGAAUCGCUUGGAGGUGAAAAAAGAGGGUGCAGCCAUUAUGGCUUAAACUAGUGUGAAACUCAAAAGUGAAACUGUGAUGUCAUCCAGCAAUUUUGUCAAGACAGAAAACAAGACUAGAGCCCUUCUGUUUGUUUGUUUUGGAUGUGUAUACACAUGAAGAGUUAUUUCUUUUCUGUUGCUCUCUUUUCACGAUGGUGUUUUUUAUCCUGUUUAGUAAAGAUAUCGAACAGUCUGAUAAGAUAAAGUUAAAUUGCGGCACAGAUAUUGAAUUCAGAUAUUAAAUAUUGUAGAAGAUCAGAAAAUCUCUGUGUUUCACCCAUAUACCUGUAACUUGGUUUUUUAACAUGUCAUGAUUAAAGCUGUACAUUUUUUAUUGGAUAAUUCUUUUACCAUGUACAUAGAGAAGACUGCUUGGACAAGCUUGUAGAUAUAUGUAUUUUAAGGAGGCUGAAAGGUCAACUAAUUAACCAUCAGAUCUACCUAAAAUUUUAAGAUAUCAUUUAUAAAGCUUUAUAAAUUUAGAUAUUUUCCUUUAUUUUUGUGAAGAGUUCAUCUUUUAAGGGAGAUUUUUACGCCUAAAUACGGCCAUGACCAUCAAGCCGUCUUAAAUCUGGUAUCAUAUUAAUUACAUUUUUAUUAAAAAUUCUCAUUUUCAUGCAAUGUGGUAAGACUGGCAGAAGAGAGUACAUAGAAUAAGGAUAAUUCAAAUACCUGUAUUAUCACGCAAAACAGUUAUUUAUAUUUUGUAAAUGAUUUAUGGAAAUAAAAUUCAUGAAAAAAUCGCAAAUUUUGA